GGUAUGGUAACUUUGAACUUGUUAUUAGUCUUGCUUUACUUUUAUUCGGACGCGAACCAUUUCCAUUUUUAAACUAUUAAUUUCCCUUUUGUCCUUUCCCCCAUCUUUCACCCCAUCACCAUCUCCAUCUCCAUCUCCAUCUCCGUCUUGUCUCCAUCUUCCCUAUCUUCCUAUCCUAUCUUUGCCCUCUCCUCAUCUUUAUCCCCAGCAUAUUUAGGUAUUCACCUUUAUACCUACACACCUAUCCCUACCCUUUUGGCACCCUUUUGGCACUCUACAUGACGGAUAUAACCCUUUGAAUAAACAAUUUUGAUUGGAUAUCACUUCUCAAAUGUUUAUUCUUCUUUUUCCAUCAUCAUCCCCAAAUUCUACAUCUGUGAGGCUAGGCAUUCUUGACCGACACCUACCAGAAUCAAGGAGCACCAGACUACCGGGUGUGACGUCGUAUUAUUGCGGCUGAGUUGGCAUUGAAUUGACAUGAUUCAACAAUUCAUGCGAUCAGCUGAACCCAAUUCAUCUCGCGUCAUAUAUUCUAUGUAAAUAAGAUCCAGAAAAUAACACGAUCGACCAAUCCCAUAAACUUGCAUAGUUAAUCGACUCCAUCCAAAAACUCUGCGUUGGGCAUCAAUCCCCUCUCCAUCCGAUUCUAACAAAAAAAAAGAUUUGCUUUUGAAUAAAGGCAAUCAUGGCGUCUGAAGCCGGAUCGUCCAAGUUUCCCACUCUCGCGCCGCUGGAGAUUCCAAGGCAAUCCGAAGUCAUCUCACGUCCAAGAGCGAAUUCAAAAUCGAAGCCUAGAUCCGCCGUUGAUCCCGUCCUCCGCAAUGCCCUACGAUACACCAUCUCCGCUCGCGAGUAUGACACCCUCCACAGAUACGUCCUUUCGCGAUCGCGAUUGUUGCGGAAAAGAAUGCCAAGUGUAAGCACUAUGGAGAAGUAUAUGGACGGCGGCAACACGAGAAAGGGAUCCGCAACAGACCGAGAUGAAGGAAAAGGCAAAGGGAAGGAGAAGGCGACGAAUGGGGGUUCUAGCAGAGGAGAUACCUACAAUGCGCGCGCCAUCAGAGAUUCUCUACGCGUAUUCAUCGCGACUGGUCUAGGAAUGAGAGCGUACGAGACUGUGUUGGCAAAGCUCAAAGCACAAAAAGACGCCUCCCCUGCAAAGAAGCAAUCUUUUUUCCAGUCCUCUGGUCUACGCUUGUCACUCUCGCUAUCUACGAUCUUGCUAUUAUAUCGCCUCCUGUUCCGCUUUCUAAGUCGGUUACGAACUCAUUUGCUAGACGCUUCGGCAGCACCCUUUCGCAAUCGCAACCCGAGAACAUCCCAAACACUUACGUCCCCGCUUGCGCCAGCGGUCGGAGCCAGUAUUGCGGGUCUGGCUCUAAGCAUAUUUCCCUCACAACAACUUCGUGUUACCGUAGCAAUCGCAGCCAUCUUCCGUGCGCUCGAAUUCGGUUGGAAUUUAUGCGAGGAUGAGGGCCUUAUCUGGGGCUGGAAAGCCCGUGCUGGCGGACAAGGGCUGAUCAAGCGAGAUAGGCCCUGGUGGUGGGGAAGCUGGAUGCUUCAACCCCUCGCCUUCGGGCAACUUUUGCACGCCACGGUAUUCGACCGAGAGUGCUCUCCCAUGGGUCUAGUCGACUUCAUCUGGAAGAGCUCUUCCACGUAUCUUCAUAGCCCCCCAAGCAAUCUACCCGAUGGUGUUCAGUGGCCCAAUGCUUGGGAGGUUGCUGGAAGCUUGGCUGAAAUGGCCAAGCUGCAUUGGCCGCCAUUUGUCUCGCCGACAUUGUUUCCCGAUCAGCCGACUCUACCUUUGUCUCUAGCUGCGGUGGCGCCUCUAACUGCGCAGGCUCACCCUCUCAUAGCCUCCCUAAGCUGCGCUGCCCUGCAUCCGUCCGAUCCUUCUUGUCUCCGGACUUACAUCAGCUUUUGGGUUCGGUCAUUCCCACGCAUGGGUCGCUUCUUCCUCCUAUUUUACUCGCUGCUCAUGCUACCGAAGUAUAAGCUAUUAUAUAACUCGCCAAUAUACCUAUUGAACCGACUUAUGUCACAAGUGCUUCGUAUGACGACGUUUGCGACGGGAGGUAUUUCAACGGCAUGGGCGAGCAUCUGCUUUUUCCAGACGUGGCUACCACGGGCAUUCUUACCAACCCAACGAUUCUUCCUAGGCGGAUUCCUGGCCGGCUUAUGGGCUUGGUUUGAGCGAAAGAACGGUAGGAGCGUGUUCUUAUAUAGUGCACGAGCUAGCGUGGAUUCGCUUUGGAAGGUUGGUGUUAAGCGGAGGUGGUGGCGCGCUAUGAAGGGCGGUGACGUGUGGGUCUUUGUCUUAGCACUGGCCAUCACGGGAGCGGUGUAUGAGAGAGACGCAAAGGCCAUCCGUGAAAGCCGGGUCCGGAAAGGACUCAGCUGGGUGCGUGGUGGUGGAUUCAGAGACUGGGGUUUGGAUGAGGAAGAAGAUCUAGAUACAGAAGAGGAUGAGCGGGACGAGAAAGAGGACUAAGGUUGAGUCUUUUUGACUUGCAAAUAUUCCAAGCAAACAAGCCACCAGAUAACUCCCUCGAUGCGCAGAAAAACGGGUUGGUGGAUGCAUGGGAGGAGGAGGCUUGGAAAUUUUUAUGAGUGAUGACGAAACGAGAUUUAUGACUAUGGGACUCUGCAUUCAACUAUGCACACUAUUAAUACCAUAGGUACCUUUGUAAUCAUAAUAGCAUGGCGCAGAGGUGUUUUGGGGGUAUUUGAAUAAGAAGAAGUUUAAGUUAGGUAUGAGAGUUGUGAGAGUGUGACUGUUAAGUCGUCGAAUGCCUAUGUGGUGAUGUACGUGAUGAUGUGUUUCUUGGACGUUGGAGGAGGAGUUUAAGGACGGUUACUGUUUUGACUGUUUGAGAUUUUUGUUUACUUUGGAUAGCUACCUCAAAAGCAGCUAUAUAGGUAGAUAGAUACAUAAACCCGAGUUUCAUGAA